AUGUCUAUUAAUAAUAUACAAAGUGGACAUAAUAGGACUGGAUCAGGUCAGAAUCAUCCUAGUCCUCAAGUAUCAGGUGCACAUCAACAUCAACAAAAUCAACAACAAUACCAACAACAACAUCAACAACAACAGCAACAUCACUUUGACAUUGCAACAUGGGAGAGAAAGAGUAAACUUGAUAUCGAACAAUCAUUGGUACUCAAUAACUUGCAAUCAUUCGUAGUGUCCGAACGACCACUUCCAACAAAGUUCAUUCAAUCACAACAACAGCAACAGACACCUCUAUCUCCAAUCCCAACAGCAACCACAUCCUCAGCGGAAGAUGAGGAUAAAGGUGUACAUGACAAGAGCCUAAAGUUGCCAGAGAAGCCUAUUGAGAACUUGGGCCAGUUCUAUGAUUGGUUCUCAAUGAUUGAGAAGUCAUCAACGCAUCUACAUCAGUAUGAAUGGUUCUUGGAGACGAUCGUCAGCUAUGGCCAGGGUACCGAUGAGCUUCAGAACCAAGUUCAAGACUGCGAGUCACUAGUAGACAGCAUCCAAUCAGAUUACUCCAAUCUCACAAAGAAGACCAGCCAACUUCAUGACUCUUGUGAGAAGUUCUUCAAGGAUGAGCUACGAUUGAGAUAUAUUGUACAAACUAUACAUGAGAAGUUGAAGUAUUACCUUGAACUUGAGCAGUCGACCAAGAGGUUCAACAGCUCAAACCUCCAAGUCACUGAUCCAGCAUUUGUCGCUUCACUCGAGACCCUGGAAGACAGUAUCCAGUUCAUGAAGAAGAAUGCCAACUUCCAAGCAAGUGGCAAGUAUUCUUUACAAUACUCAUUGUUGUUCCAGAGAGCAUUGGGACUGAUCAAGGACUAUAUAUGCUCAUCAUUGAAGAUUAUAACAAAGGAGAUAUUGACAUCGACAAAGGACUGGGACCAAGACUUCCAGAUAUCAAAUAUCAAGUUCCGUGCAUUCGCACCAAAGUUGAAGCCACUAUGUCACGAGUUAGAGAAGCGUGCUGUCGGACCAUACGUAGCAUUCAUCAAGGAUUGCCACAACGUCUACUUUAAGAACAGGAAGCUGAUACUCACGCCAACCAUCACAAUGAAGCUGGCCGAGCUUGCCAAGAACAACGAGGACAUUCCAACCAUGGUCCAGAACCUCUGCAUCUACAUGGUACAGAUCUACGAGAAUGAAUACCAAGUCUACAUCGACUUCUUUGACAACCAGACCUUCAACUUCAAUGACCUGCUGGACGAGUACUCUCAACAGCUAUACGACACGAUCAGACCUAUUUACAUUCAUAUGCAUUCAUUUGAAUCACUUUGUAACUUGGCGCACUUGGUUAGGAAUGAGAUCUUGGAGGAUAUCAUCGAACAAUCGACCAAAUAUAGUAAUGGACUCAAGUUGGCUGUACAACGCAUGCUACAAGACAUCCAAGAGAGAUUGUUAUUCCUCAUCCAAACCUAUAUCCGUGAUGAGAUCAGGACAUUCUCACCAAAGCCAGAAGACAUGGAUUAUCCCAAUCAUCUACAAUCAUUGAAAGAAGAGACAACAACAGGUGGAAGCAUGUACUCCACAUGGUAUCCAACAUUGGAAAAGACACUAACAUGUCUAUCCAAGCUAUAUCUAGUUGUUGAUAAUAAGAUAUUUGAAGGAUUGGCACAAGAGGCCGUCGAGGCUUAUUCCUAUCUAUUCCUCAUCAAAUACUUUAUCAUCUUGCGCGAGCAGAUCACACCAUUCGACAUCAACUUUGUCAUUAUCGAGAAGAUAGUAGACUUUCCAAAUCUCAAGCAUGCACUCUCAACAUUGUAUAAUUAUGGAUCAUUGUUUGCAUUGUCAACAAACAAUCCAUUAUAUAAUGUUAUUCAAUCUGCUGCCAAUCCAAGAGUGACCAACACAAGCAUCGACUCAAAGAAGGACCUGGAAAAAGAGUUGAAGCACGUCAUUGAAUCAUUCAUCAUCUCAACAUCCAACAAUGCCAUCGAUCAUCUAUUAUCAUUACUUACCAAGAUAUCAGUACAUUUGAAUCAAAGUGGAACGGAUAAUCAUUUGACAUUGUCUCAACAAUCAUUUGCAGAACCAGCACGUGUUAAGGAGACAAUCGAGGCCACCGUAGCUAAUAUCAACAGUUAUUUACCGGUGGUGUUGUCAAAGAUGAAGUUGUAUCUGUCGCCAAUGACACAGGGUUUAUUGGCAAAGCCAAUCAGAACUAAUAUAGCCGAUGGAUUCGAUCAAAUCAAUCAAUAUGCCAGGAAGUACUAUACUGAUGAUCAGAUCAAGUCCAUGCACCUACUCACCUCUGAUGAGUUAAAGGCCAUCCUCGACAACAUUGUUCCAGUGCAGCUAUCAAUCAAGACAAGUACAAGUAAUACUCCUUCAACAACAACAACAUCAUCCUCUGUUACCGUUACGUUGCCAUCGCCACCAACAUCCACUACUACGUCCACUACUACAACUAGCUCAACUGCUACUACCAAAUAA